AUGAUCCGCGCGGGUGGUCCCUCCCCCUCGCCCCGCGGCCGGCGCGCGGGUCCCAUCCGCCUUCCUCGCCGCGCCCCGUCGUCCACCCCGACGCGCGCGAAGACCGAGGAGAAAGCCUCCGCCGACGCGUCCUCCAGGACGGGCGCGGACGCCGAGGUGCAGUUCGAGGCGGUGAUCGGCAUCGAGACCCACGUCCAGCUCAACUGCAGGACCAAGGCGUUCUGCCGGUGCGCCGCGGUGUACGGCGACGAGCCCAACACGCACUGCUGCCCCACCUGCAUGGGCUACCCGGGCACGUACCCCGUCCUCUCCGAGGCGGUGGUCCGCAAGGCGGUGCAGCUCGGCCUCGGUCUCAACGCCAGAGUCCGCCGCCGGUCCAAGUUCGACCGCAAGCAGUACUUCUACCCGGACCUGCCGAAGGGCUACCAGAUCUCCCAGUUCGACGAACCCAUCGCGGAGGGCGGAUACAUCGACGUCGUCAUCCCCGUCGAGGACGGCGGCGGCGUCAGACGCAUCGGGAUCACGCGAGCGCACGUCGAGGAGGACGCCGGGAAGCUCACCCACUACCCGGCCAAGGGCGACACGCCGGGCUACGCCCUCGCGGACUACAACCGGGCGGGCGUGGCGCUCGUCGAGAUCGUCUCCGAGCCCGACAUGCGAACCGGCCGCGAGGUUGCCGCGUACGGAGCCGAGCUGCGGCGGCUGGUGCGGUACCUGGACGUCGGCGACGGGAACCUCUCGGAGGGCAGCAUGCGAUGCGACGUGAACGUGUCCGUCAGGCCGGUGGGGCGUGAAGCGUUCGGAACCAAGGUUGAGGUGAAGAACAUGAACUCGUUCAACGCGAUGUCGCGCGCCAUCGACUUUGAGAUUGACCGACAGACGGCGCUCAUUCGCGCGGGGAAAGGCGACGAGAUCGUGCAGGAGACGCGGACGUGGGACGAGGGGAGGCAGUGCACGGUUUCCAUGCGCAAGAAAGAGGGCCUGGCGGACUACAGGUACUUCCCCGAGCCCGACCUACCUCCGCUGGUCUUCGACGAGGCGUUUGUGGAGAAGUGCGCAUCCGCGAUGCCCGAGUUGCCCGGAGCGAUUCGCGCCAGGUACGCGGACCUCGGCUUGCCCCCCGCGGACGUCCAGGUGCUCGUGGAGGAUAAGGAACUCGUGGAGUACUUCGACGCCGCGCUGGCGGCGGGGGCGCCCGCGAAGCAGUGCGCCAACUGGCUCACCGGCGACGUGAUGGCGUGGCUUAAAAACGCCAAGGACGUCGCGGUGUCGUCGAUGCCGCUGUCCGCGACGCAGCUUGCGGAGUUUUGCACCUUGAUCGAGGACGGCGUGAUCAGCGGCAAGAUCGGGAAGGACAUCCUCCCCGACCUGCUCGAGGGCAAGGAGGGAAACAAAUCGGUCGGCGACAUCGUCGAGGAGAGAGGUCUGAAGCAGAUCUCCGACCCGAAGGAGAUUGAAGCGAUCGUGGACAGGGUGCUCGAGGCGAACCCGGGGCAGCUCGAGCAGUACCGCGGGGGUAAGGACAAGCUCAAGGGAUUCUUCGUCGGGGCGGUGCUGAGGGAGAGCGGGGGCAGGGCGAACCCCGCGCUGUCGAACGAGAUCCUGAUGCGCAAGCUCAACGAGGGACGCUAA